CCUCAGCCCUUCAGUUGAAGCAAAAGACUCGUGGUGACCACUCCGCUGCGGAAGGUAAUGUGUCGGGUUUCUGCAAGUGCAGGAGUGAUCUCACAGAGAUAGUAGCCUGCACAGGACAGCACGGGACACGUACCGCUCCAGAAUUGCUUUGAAGGGCUCUUCAAAUGGCAGUUAAGAAUUGCCCCGUGAAUGAAUAAAGCUACCCAGCGAUCGAUUGAACUAAAUGAACAGAAUGCAUGGCCUAACUUUUGUAUAGAUACUAGGUCUAAGAGAAAGGUAGGAGGGAGGGAUCGAGAGCUACGUUUUAAACGACCCCUUUGGAAGUCCUCUCCCAAUUGAUAUUCCUUUUUCAUAUCACGCCUGAUGAGUAUUGGGAUUUCGCGGUGGAUAAACACUGAAUAGCUGCAUCAGAAAAAAAGAAAGAAAGAAAAAGAUCAGACAUGGAAGAGGAACAGAAGUGGAGCGUCAGUCCACAGUCGAGCGUGGGGAGGACUUGCACCGAGCAUCCUUGCAAAAAGAGGUUUUGGAAGAACUGCAAAGACCUGUCUGGGAUAGCCGUGUGUAGCGCGUUAUCCUUGUUGUCCUUUGGAGUCUGCGUUUUGGUUUACCUGAAGACUGCGGAACUGCAGUCUAAGGUUUUUAAUCUGGAAAAGGAACGGGACACGCAACUUUCAGCGUGGCUGUCACUGGACCAGGUGGAACCCAUCCUCAUAGGUAGACUCGAUCAGAUUUUGGAAGAGAAGCUGGCCGCACGGUUACCCAAGGUUCGAGAAGCUCGAGAGGCCCCCCACAGCUGCGUCUGCCCGCCAGGGCCUCCUGGGUCCAGGGGAAAGAGAGGUCGCAAUGGGGAUCCAGGUAGGUUUCCCAGCCCUCCUGUUGUCCAUGUCCUUACCUGCAGCUUUAGGUAAUGGUGAGGUAUCGAC